AUGUGUUCCCGAGAAACCGAAUUCACAGUGGCAAAGCAUUCGGUGCGUUUCCUGAGCGUUCUGCUGGAUGGCUGUGUGUUUAUAUGGAUUGGUGACAAGAAUCGAUUGGAUGCACUCUGUUUCUCGCAGCUGUUGAAGGGCAUGACAAUCAUUGAGUCACCGAAACCGAAUCAUCUCACCGAUAGUUUUGCUGUGAAACUCAAUAAAUUGUUUCCGGACAAACAGGUA